AGGAAACCUUGGACGGGACUGGGAGUAUUCAUGGGUCCUCCAAGGGAAGUAUUGGGCGGAGUCGUAGCCACAAGUCAGGGGGGCGCCUCAGCCUGCAGCAGCUGCGGGAGCGGAGUCAGCUCAUGGACGUGCCACUCAUCGCUGCCCUCUGCUCGGACACCACACUCAUCUCGCAUUCAGGCCGCACCUCUUCCACCGAUUCCACCUCAGCAUCCGGCAAUGGUGACAGCCCCACACUUACCCAGCCUGACACCUCAGGCUCGCCAGGCCCUCACCCCACAGCGCAGGCAUCCCCCCACAUGACUGACACUUUCUCCAACCCUUUGAUAGAUAUCCAGCCAGCGCCGGCGAGGCAAAGACAGAGAGGUCUCAAGGCUACCCGCAGGUACUCCGUAUCAGGUGUAUACACCACUAACCAAGUACCUGUUGCACACAUCAAGCCAAAAUGUGGUGGCAAGACAUUCAGUGGUGUCCAUCAUCACCCAAGCAAGACUUCCCAGCAGACACAAUCUCCGAAGCCUGUAAAUGACCCUUCAGUAACCAAGGUCAUUCCAUAGGUCAAGGGCACUUCAGGAAUCUUCUUGUGCUUUUUGCAGCAAAACAUGCAAAGCAGCUUUGCAUAUCUUUGGCAUUUCUGAAACUGAGUUUCUCUUUUACCUCAUAUUGUAUUAGGGUCCAUGUGCAUUCACUUUUAUGAUACUAUGUUGUAGAUUUCAUACAGCAAUGUCAGCAUAAGAUAUUUUGCAAAUUACUGUAUUGCCUUAAAAUGAAACUAGAAAUAACUCUGUCAUUGCUACAGAUAUAAAUCAUGGUUGUAUUCACCAGAAAUCUUAAUAGAAUCAUGGUUGAUUGUUCACACACAUUUGAAGUUUGUUUUCGUCAAUAUGGAUAAUUAUGGUUACCAUGAUACAGAGUUGGUAAAUGUGGUAAGAGAUAUGCGGCAAAUCUUGAGAAUUCACAUCACCAUGAUCUCGGAGGCUCUGGCUGGGCUGCUCUUCUUAUGUUUCUGCCGUGAGCUCACUUGUAAGGAUACACACUCAGGCAAUUUUUCAUUUUUAUUAUUCAUAAUCGGUCACACUUGUCCUCUAAUGGUCAAUGUUGUUUGAAUUUUAGGGAAGUUUUAUUAAGUCUUAGGUUUUUAGAAUUGUCAUUGAGGAGCACACUUUUUUCCUUAGAUGAUUCUGUGAAAAUGUCUCCCAUCACUUUGUACUCCAUAAUUACUUCUUCAUCCAUUUUACAUAGAUUUAGUCCUUUUCUUUUCACAGUCACUGCUAAUGCUUGUUGUUACUCUGUUGUUGAGCAGACAGUGUUAAAGAAUAUUAUUGAAACUUUCAGAAAAUUUUAGAAGAAUGCAUUUUCAUGGAUAUUCAUGAUGGGUAAUUCAUAUUCCUAUGUUCAGUCCAUAGAUGGAACUGUAAUUCUACAAUUUGUUAUAUGUCAUCAGAAGUUAUAAAAUUCUAAUGUUCUGAAAAUAUAUUGAUAUGGGGCAUAUCACUGUCUCAGUAUAAGUAUAUAUAUGUAUAUGUGUGUGUGUGUGUGUGUG